CAAGAGGCAAAGCCCAAGACCCCAUGAAACCCUGGUAAUUUGUAGGGAUACUCGUUGCUUGAAAACCUAAUUUCCUUUUUCUUAUUUUGGGCAACGUUCAUUACGCUUCACCUCUAUUAAUUUCACCUAUUUAGAGAACUCUAGAAUUGGUGAGAAGCCUGACGCCUCUGGCUUCGAAUCUGCACUACUUAUAGUAUGGAAAACGUGUAGGAGGUGCAUAGGGUUUAAAUCCAAUGAGGAAUAUUAGUCCAUGGUGCUCCUAGAAUUGGAGUGUAAGGACGGGUCUGGAUCAUCCGACUUGGCUUUUCAAAGAUUGUGCAGGCGAAGUAGUCCCAAGCCUUAAACCUUGGACCUGUCACUUGACUUGCAUGAUCAUUUUGAUAUUCUAGACCUUAGGCUACUACCUGGACUGCAAAUUUCACAGUUGAGGUUGCAGAGAUAACUUGGCUUCCACAAUAUUUACAUAAGCCAAACAGUUCGAGGAUUGAUCACAAGGAGAAUUUAUUUAUGGAAAAAGUUUAUAUAAUAUUGCAACUUCAUACUAUUGAAGUAAGGUGCACCUCAUAAUUAAUCUAGAAGAGAGAUCUCCGAUUUUGUUUUAGAGAGAGAGAGCCAUGGAGCAACACUCAGGCCUAAAGAGGAGGGCUUGCACUUGCAGCAAAGAUGAUUUCUUUCCCGAAGAAUCCUUCAAGAGUUGGGGAAAUUAUAUGAGGGCCCUCGGCAAGACGCCCUCUAGGCUCAAGGACCGCCUCUUGGCCCGGUCCCUCGAUGCGACCGAGAUUACCGAAGUUCGAGCUCAGAGCCAAAAUGACAUGAAGAAGAGCCUCAACUGGUGGGACCUCAUAUGGUUUGGAUUAGGAGCCGUGAUCGGCGCAGGAAUCUUUGUUCUCACCGGACUCGAGGCCCGGCAAGAUGCCGGUCCAGCAGUCGUUAUCUCAUAUGUGGUGUCUGGUCUCUCCGCCUUGCUCUCGGUCUUUUGCUACACCGAAUUUGCAGUCGAAAUCCCAGUUGCCGGCGGAUCAUUCGCUUACUUGCGGGUCGAGCUUGGCGAUUUUGUGGCUUUCAUCACUGCAGGCAACAUCCUGUUCGAGUACAUUGUGAGCAACGCGGCCGUGGCUCGUGCCUGGACCUCGUACCUCGCCUCUCUCUGCAACCGGUCCCCCGACUCUUUCCGUAUCACAACAUCCCUCGCUCCAGACUACAAUGUGCUCGACCCUAUUGCUGUUGCAGUCAUCCUUGCAGUGAGCCUCGCCGCCCUCUUUAGCACCAAGCACAGCUCGCGCUUCAACUACAUUGCAUCCAUUGUCCAUGUUAUCAUAAUCCUCUUCGUGAUCAUUGCCGGCCUGAUCCAUGCUCACCCUGAAAACCUUUCUGAGUUUGCCCCUUAUGGUGCCCGAGGCAUCUUCAAGGCCUCUGCGGUUCUCUAUUUUGCAUAUGUUGGCUUCGAUGCACUCGCGACUAUGGCAGAGGAGACUAAAAACCCUGCGAGAGACAUCCCUAUUGGCCUGGUCGGGUCCAUGGUGACCACAACUGCAAUCUAUUGUGUAUUGGCCUUGACUCUAUGCUUGAUGCAGCCUUACAACAAAAUCGAUCCUGACGCGCCCUUCUCAAUCGCCUUCCAGGCUGUAGGCAUGGGUUGGGCGAAGUACAUUGUUGCAUUUGGUGCACUCAAGGGCAUGACCACAGUGCUCCUAGUUGCUGCUGUGGGCCAGGCUCGGUACCUGACCCACAUUGCUCGAACCCACAUGGCCCCGGCUUGGCUUGCAUUGGUGCACCCCAAGUAUAGGACUCCAGUGAAUUCUACGGUGGUCAUGGGCAUUACGUCCUCUGUCAUUGCCUUAUUCACCGACCUCAGUGUGCUUGCGAACCUCCUCUCCUUGUCAACACUCUUCAUAUUCCUCAUGGUGGCUCUGGCACUUCUGGUCCGCAGAUACUAUGUUUCGGGAGCAACAACAAAUUCCGAUCGGUGGAAGCUCAUCGGAUUCCUCAUAGUGAUUUUGGGGUCUUCGGUGGCCCUAUCGAUUGUGUGGUCGACUGGAACCAAUGGAUGGGUCGGGUAUACAGUGGCAGCCACAAGCUGGCUGCUUGGAACCUUAGGACUCUGGGUUUGGGUGCCCAUGGCUCGAAAGCCGCAGUUUUGGGGGACACCACUUGUGCCAUGGCUCCCCUCUGCAUCUAUCGCUAUUAACAUCUUCUUGCUCGGAUCUCUCGAUGGGGCAUCGUUCGUUAGGUUCAUGAUCUGGACCGGGUGCUUGCUCUUAUAUUACGUGUUCUUCGGGUUACACGCGUCUUACGACACAGCAAAGGCGGCAGAGAAGAAUUUUGUGAGCCAGAACCUGGCGGAGGGUGACCGAGUCGCCGCCCAGAUUCCGUCUGUAGUCAUCGAGUCAUAGGCGUGUCCGUGUCGAGGACGACGUGUUGCCAACCGAUUCGAACUUUUCAAAUUUUGUGUUUGCAAAAUUUCCCUUUCCUUUUUGUUUUUUUUUAUUUUGACAUUUAUUGUCUUAGUUUUUCAUAUUGGAAAAAUAUCACUAUAUUUUU